CGAGAGGACCUCGGCUCUUCCCAUUCGCACUCCUCUGGCGCAGGAGAGGAUGAUACGGCGGCUGUCGAGGGUGGCGAGCUGCCCCCGGUACGAAGCGCUGAGGAAGCUGGGGAAGGGGAGGCGGCGCGGGGUGUCGCAGGGGCACGUCCCGGUGUACGUGGGGGAGGAGAUGGAGCGGUUCGAGGUCCGGGCCGAGCUCCUCAGCCGGCCGGUCUUCGUCGAGCUGCUGCGCCUGGCCGCCGAGGAGUACGGCUACCACCAGCGCGGCGCCCUCCGCAUCCCCUGCCCCGUCCCGCUCUUCCGCCGCCUCCUCCUCCUCGCCGCUUCUUCCGACGGCGCGGCCGAGCGGGAGGAGGCCGAGAUCCUCCUCCGCUCCUUCGACGUGCUGUUCCUGUCCUCCGUCGACGGUCCGAGUUGACCCGGCGAUUCGACUCGCCUUUCGUUUAUGUUCAAAGUACAAGGGCAGAUAUGGAAUUUUGUGUUUCUAUAUAAUUAGUAGAGCCUUUCUGCUCUUCACAUGUAGCCAAUAUUUUGUUGUAUGAUUAUAUUAAAGAAAAAUAAAUAUUAUCAUUUAUGAGUA